AUGGAUCAACGAUCUUUAGACCGUCAGUUAUAUGAGGCUUCUGAGAGGGAGGAUUUGGAAUUGACUAGAGCACUCCUAGACCAAGGAGCAAACCCUAAUGCUGGAGGGUUCUCCUGGUAUGGCUGCGCACUUCAGGCGGCUGCUCGACGCACGAGUGUGGAGCUGGUACAGUUGCUCCUAGAUCGAGGCGCAGAUAUAAACACAGCUGGCGGCUAUCAUGGUAGCGCAUUGCUAGGAGCCGCUCAAUAUGGGAACACAGAGAUAGUGAUUUUGUUGAUGAAUGCCGGUGCGAACCUGAACGAACGUGGGCAAUAUGGCACUGCACUAGCUGUAGCACGGGACAAACAAUUUGAAGAUGUGGUGAAAAUUCUCGAAAAAGCUGGUGCGGCUGAGUGGCGACCGGAUCUAAGGGCUAAUAAGUCAAGUUUCUUUCCCUAG